AUGUCCGACUCGCGCUCAGGGCCAGUUUCACUGACACGAUAUCGACCUAUCCUCUACCUCUUUACUGGUGUCGCUGCUGCUUAUGCGAUUCUCUAUGUUCACAAUAAUAUCAUUUCGCAGCCAUCAUCACCUUCACUCCGACGUCGAAAUGCUGUGCGCCGGCCGAGACCAACCGAAGCUGAAGAACUCGGGAUCACCGAUACUCCGUCCUAUCGUGCCAUUACCCACCUUGAACAACUAGAGCGUCAGAAUGGUGUAUAUGGGACAUUUCGCAUUGAGACAGAGGAUGGGCGUCGCGUGGAGAGCGGUCUUCUUCCAUCACUCCUCGCAACACGCGACCAGCUGAUGGAAGAAGUUGGUGUCCCGCCUGCUCAUGCAGAGCGCAUGCGCGAGAUGAUGGAGGAUACGUUUCUUGAAUCCUUUCUUGCACUCGAUUUCCCAUCUGCACACAUUCUUCCAGAGGACACCGCAGAAAGAACAUACUUGACAGAACAGCUUCAACGCCGAGGUAUCUCCCGAGCUGGUAUCGAAAGGGCUCUGGUCCGGUUCAACGAAAAUGUGAAUUAUGGAGAGGAACUGCGUCGGCGACGACAGAAUGGUGAACGUGUCACCCUCUCAACCUCUACCUUUCCAGACGUGUCUGCGCCUCCACAAAAUGUUCUUGACGAAGGUGAGACCGUUGUGGAUGACCAGAGCGUUUUCUCGUGGCGUGAUGGAAACAACGAUCAUUCUAAUAGGGAAGGUCAAAACCUGCUCAACCUACUUUACCACAUCGCUGAGGAUCAGGCGCGGAGGGACGGCUAUAUCCAUCGUGGAGUUACUUGCAACAGCUGCGGUGCCAUGCCGAUUCAGGGCAUUAGAUACCGAUGUGCUAAUUGCAUCGACUACGAUCUGUGUGAGACGUGUGAGGCAAUGCAGGUCCACAUCAAGACACAUUUGUUCUACAAAGUGCGGAUUCCAGCCCCAUUCUUAGGGAACCCUCGUCAAUCUCAGCCUGUAUGGUAUCCUGGGAAGCCUUCAAUGCUCCCGCGCAGCCUUCCACGGCCUCUUGCCAAGCGUCUUAUGAAAGACUGCAAUUUUGAAAACACUGAGCUUGAUGCACUCUGGGAUCAGUUCCGCUGCUUGGCCAAUUAUGAGUGGGCGAACGACCCGAACAAGUUGCAUAUGGCCAUCGAUCGCAAAACGUUCGACCGAUGCUUCGUGCCUAAUACUUCUAUCCGGCCGCCGCCUCCCAGUCUCAUUUACGACCGAAUGUUCGCAUUCUAUGACACCAAUGGCGACAAUCUCAUCGGGUUUGAAGAAUUCUUGAAGGGUUUGGCUAGUCUCAACAAUAAAAGCAAUGACGAACGGCUGCGCCGUGUGUUCCGUGGCUACGAUAUCGAUGGGGAUGGCUUCGUCGAACGCAAGGACUUCCUUCGGGUUUUCAGGGCAUACUAUGCGCUGAGCCGGGAGCUUACAAGAGACAUGGUUGCUGGCAUGGAGGAUGACUUCUUAGAGGGUGGAGCCCGUGAUGUGGUUCUCGGUAGCCAGCCUAUCAGCUCUGCGUUCCCUGGCAGCAUCCCUUCAGGUGAACGUUCUCGUACAGGCGAAGGCAAGCGCAUGAAUUCUGAGGGGGGACAUGGAAAUCAUCGACAACGAAGGAAUCUUGCGACGGGACGGAGAUGA